CUUAUAUAAACCAGAACCACCAUUAUGCAUGUCUAUAUUAGAAUACACAGCUUUUUUAAAGAGGAAAAAAAAUAGUUAACUAGAAUUUGGAAAAUGGAUGAGAAUUUGAAGGCAAUGAAUUUUGAUUUGGGGUUGAAAAACAUAUCAGAUAUCCUCACGGAAGUUUCGGGUGGUGAUGAUUUUGUGAAGAAAUCAUCUAAGCUGGAUGUCCAUGUCCAUGCAUUGGAAGAAGAAUUGAAAAAGAUUGAAGCCUUCAAACGUGAACUUCCUCACUGCAUGCACUUACUAAAACAUGCAAUCGAAAGAUUGAAGGCGGAGAGUGGAAGAGAAGUGCGGCCAGAGGAAUUCACAGUUUUGAGAAAUGACGGUGAAGAUGGAAGGGUAAAAGCGUCAACUGACUUGACCGAGAAGAAAAACUGGAUGAGUUCUGUUCAGCUCUGCACCCCAGUUUCGAGAAAUCAAGACUUUGUUUUCCACUUGAGAUCAAGGUUCGUAGAAGGGGAUGAGUUUGGAUGUAAAUUUAGAAACGAAGGAGGGGCAUUUCUGCCAUUCAAGAGAGCAACCGCAGAGGCUGAGGUGGUGUCCACUGAUUUGGCAAUUCCAAGGGCAAAAUUGCAGCAACAAGAGCAGCAGAAGAAACAGAGGCGUUGUUGGUCUCUGGAGUUGCACAAGAUUUUUGUUGAUGCACUCCAUCAGCUUGGUGGUGCGCAGACUGCCACGCCCAAGCAGAUUAGGGAACUCAUGAAAGUUGAAGGCCUCACUAAUGAUGAAGUUAAAAGCCAUCUGCAGAAAUAUAGGAUUCACAUAAAGAGGGUUGAUUCAACGGAACAGUUGUCCCCACACGGGCCUCUGCGGGGCGGUUAAAGAGAUGAAGACGGCGACAAGUCGGAAAGCCAUGGAUUCAUCACUACCCAUCAUAUAUAAAAAGGAGUUUUCCAUAUGUUACUUAAUUUCACUUUCAUCUACACGCACUGUCUUUUUAAUUAUUUCAUUGCUUCAUACAGACUUAGAGAUCUUUAAAAUCAUAUACUCCAUAUUUCAUAUUGUUUGAGAUAUAGUAGUAUAUGUUAAUUUAAGGAAUUCCUUAAGGAUACGUGCCUUGUGUGGCCAAUUUAAUCAUUUUUAUUUUCAGA